AUUUCAUUCCACUUUCAAUUCUCUAAAAAGUAUCCAUCCUCAUUCUACUACUAAUAAUAAUGGCUUCUUUGGCUUCCUUUAGUAUUAGACUUAGUUUGCUAGUAGUACUUAUAAGUUGUUUGAUUGUUGAAUAUUCUGCUAGUGAUCUUAAUCAAGAUUUUGAUAUCACAUGGGGGAAUGGCAGGGGAAACAUAUUAAAUAAUGGGGAUAUUCUUACUCUUACACUUGAUAAUACUUCAGGCUCUGGUUUUGAAUCAAAGAGGGAAUACUUGUUUGGAAAAAUUGAUAUGCAAAUCAAAUUGGUCCCUGGAAAUUCUGCUGGCACUGUCACUGCUUACUAUUUGUCAUCACAAGGAUCAAGCCAUGAUGAGAUAGAUUUUGAGUUUCUUGGGAAUUUGACUGGGGAGCCAUACACAGUUCAUACAAAUGUGUUUACACAAGGCAAAGGUGAUCGAGAGCAACAGUUUCACUUGUGGUUUGAUCCUACUGCUGAUUUUCAUACAUACUCUGUCCUUUGGAAUCCACAGACUAUUGUAUUCUCAGUGGACAAUGUACCAAUAAGAGAAUUCAAGAACAUGGAAGACAGAGGCGUGGCAUUCCCAAAAUCUCAACCAAUGAAACUUUACUCAAGUCUUUGGAAUGCUGAUGAAUGGGCCACAAGGGGUGGGCUUAUCAAGACUGAUUGGGCCCAAGCCCCAUUCAUUGCCUCUUACAGAAAUUUCAAUGCCAAUAUUUGCAAUACUUCUUCCAAUAAUAGUUCUUGCAAAUUUUUAGGAGUAGCAAAUUUGGAUCCUGUGAGUAAAGAAAAAUUGAAAAGGGUGCAGCAAAAAUACAUGAUAUAUAAUUAUUGUACUGAUACUAAGAGAUUUCCUCAAGGGUUUCCUCCAGAGUGUAGUGCCACUUAAUUAUUAGUAAUAUGUAGGAAUUAUAAGUAGAAAAUAAGUCUAUAUUAAUAGCCUCCUCUAUUUUUGUCUCUUUUUUUCUCUCCAUAAUUUAUGUUGUGGCCUAAUUGGUAAGGUGGG